AUGUGGCUCGCCUCCCACACCACCUGUCCGCUCUGCCGCCUCACCGUCUCCAAGCCUGACGUAUCUCCUCCGGCACCUUCCUUAGCUCUUCCACCUGUACCCCUGGAGCCCGCGAACUAUGCCACCGCCACCAACUUGCCCGCCGGCGUGCUUUUCGAGGUGCCCAACCAUGGUGCGGUCAUUGCUGGCGCUGGCUCCAUGGCCGCCAUGGUGAUCGAGAUCCCAGAGUUGGCCGUGCCGACGCCGAUGCUGACCCCGCGCGACGCUGCCAAGUCACCGGGCUCGACGAGGCUUAGAUCGAUCAGGAGGCUCUGGAGCUUCGGUAGGCAAGGGGCCAGAGCGACUUCUUCCUGCUCCUGCUCCUGUGCCGGUGCCGAUGCUAGCGAAGGAGUUGACUUGGAGCAGGGUAUCAGCUAG